AUGUAUCACUCAUCAACUCUUCUCCUGGCCUCCGCCGGCCUGGCGAGCGCCUUCACCAACACCAAGGUCGACUUCUUCAUGCGCAAGAACAUUGACCCCAUCGUCAUCCCCGGCGAGUACAAGAGCCACAUGCACAGCUUCUUCGGCAGCGACGCCGUCAACGUCAACCUGAGCACCACGGCCGACCUGCAGAAGGGCUGCGCCACCGCCCAGAACCCCAACGACUUGUCCGUUUACUGGAUCCCGACUCUCUACCACGUCGAGGGCGACAAGCGCACCCCCAUCGAGCCCGUCGCCUUCACGGCCUACUACAACUUUGACAAGGACCCGGCCGAGGUCGCCAUCCCGCCCAACUUCAACGUCGUCGCCGGCAACGCCCAGGCCAAGACCGAGGCCGACCUGAUCGAGGGCUCCGACAUCGCCUGGCUCUGCCAGAACCAGGACUUCGACGCCGGCGGCAAGACCAACUCCCAGUUCCCGCAGAAGACGUGCUCGACCUCGCUCCAGUCCGUCCUCUGGUUCCCCGACUGCGUCGACACCACGACCCUCAAGUCCGCGUACUCCAGCAAGGGCGCCUGCGCGAACGGCAUGAAGCGCAUGCCCCAGCUGCGCUUCAGCAUCCGCUACGACACCAAGAAGGCCAUCCCCAACGGCUGGGACGGCGAGCCGCCCAUCGAGCUCGCCUGCGGCCCCUCCCACUGCUUCCACGGCGACUUCAUCAACGGGUGGCUCGAGGAGGCCGCCGAGACCAUGGUCACCGCGCUCACCUCCAAGAGGAAGUGGCAGGCCGUCGACGGACCCAACGGCAAGGCCAAGGCCGGUUCCAAGUGCAAGGACAAGGCCACCGACGCGGACCCCGAGAACGGCACCAGCGACUACGCCGAGAGCGUCAAGCUGAUGGCCAAGCGCCGCGUGGACAUGAAGAAGAGAAUUGCCGCUUAG